UCUUUUUUUUUUCUUUCAACGCAAUAUUUUCUUUCGAUAUUUAUUCACGAUUGGUUCGAACAUUUUCGCGCCAUUUUAAUGUCGAAUUUGAAAAUGUGUAUAUGAAUCGUUUCGUUUGUAUGACGGUCUGUUAUUGAGUACAUGUACGGUAUAAUUAUUGGUUUGAUUAAUGAGUCAUAAUUCGAUUAGGUUUAUCUACAUGCAUAGAGUGUGUGAGACGACCUCUGCGUUUUAAAACUUCCGACAGAAAAUAUUGAGGCGUCAGCGAAUAACAGCUCAAGUUUUGAGUAUUUUAUAAUUUGUUGAAAUGGAGAAGGAGAAGGAAGGAAACGAUGAUUAUUAUUUGGAAUUAUCUUCUGAUCCUAUUAAGUUUGAAUCCGUUAGUUGUCUUACCAAUGUUUUUUUCGACGACUAUAAACAGCAAGUCUUUGCUGUUCGAUCUGGUGGUGUCACUGGUGUUUUGGUCAAGGGACCUAAUCAAAAUAUAAUAUUUAGAAUGGAGGAUAAAGGUCCGGUAAUCUCUAUAAAGUUUUCUCCAGAUAUGAAUAUACUUGCGAUACAGCGUACAAACACAUCUGUAGAGUUUAUGAAUUUCUCUUCAUCGCAUGAACCAGAUGGUAUAGAGUAUUCUCAGUCUUGUAAAGGAAGGACUGCCACUAUAUUAGGUUUCGUUUGGACACAUGGCAAUGAAAUAUUAUUUGUUACCGAUCAGGGAGUAGAAUUGUUUCAAGUAAAUCCAGAGAAACGUAUUACUAAAACACUGAAAUCUUCUAAUUUAAUGAUUAAUUGGUUUGUAUUUUGUCCUAAAAGUUAUUUGAUCUUGUUGUCUACUGGUACAGUAGGAAAUUUAAUGCAAGCAUUACAUGUAACGCCUGGCAACAUUCAAAAAUUUACCAAAUUUGAAAUGGAACCUAGUACAACCAAGCCAGGAAAGCUCGCUGUUUCUGAGAGAGAUGUGGCUUUAGCUGUUUUGUAUGGAACACCUUGUAUUAUUGUUUUGCGACAUCAACCAGGAGCUAAUCGUUCUGUUGGAACUGCAUUUGUAUAUGUAUAUACUAUUCAUAAGAUGUUAACGAUUAAAAAAAGUCAUAUUCUUAAGCUCGAUGCCAGUGGACGAUUUGCUAUUAAUGUUGUAGACAACCUUAUUAUUGUUCAUCAUCAGGCAUCGAAGACAUCAAUGAUUUUUGAUAUAAUGUUGCCUGGUGUAAGUGAUGGUACUGUGAUACAUCAUACUAGUGUAGCAUCAGCAAAGUCUAUUAAACCAUACAAUCUUGUUGUCCCAGGUGCAACUUUGUCAGAUGAGUUGUUACAGCCUUGUCAACUAUUAUUUCAACCAAAUAUUGUGAUUGAUGUUAAGUUAGGAUGCUUAUGGUACAUAGAACUGAGGUUGGAAGUGUUAAUUAAACUUAUUAAAGACAAAGUUUUAUUAGUAGAAUUUCUUAUGCAGCGAUCUAAUGCGAAACAAAUUUUGAUACAAGUAUUACAGCAAUUUAUGACUGAGUUGCCAAUAAGUUUAAUGGAUAUUCCAGCGAUUUUUGACAAAAUUAAUCCUGUAUACAGAAAUUAUCUUGAAAAGGAAAUACAGAAUCAGAUCGGGACACCUCUUCAGAACAAUACAAAAAAUGGUAGCACUACUACAGAGAAUUACAAGUAUAAAUUAAAAAUUGAACAAAGUGAUAUGUAUAGUAUCAUUUUGCCAAAAUUUCCUGAAAAUACGAUAGAACCAAAAAUGAUAGUAUGGGUCCUCCUAGAAUAUAUCAGAUCUUUAACAGAACAUGGAAUCCCUGUGGAACAUUAUUUACACGAGUUAGUUAUCACAACAUUGGUACAUAGGAAAGCAUAUUAUCAACUACAUCAAUUAUUGCAAUAUCAUGUUGUAGCUGACUCGAAACAUUUAGCUUGUUUAUUGCUAUCCUUAGAAAAUUUAUAUCCAGCUGCUCAUCAAUUAGCAUUGGAUAUGUUAAAACGAUUAGGAAAUGCACAUGAAGAAAUAAUUGAAGUACUUUUAUCGAAAGGACAUAUUUUAGCUGCUCUUCGAUACGUUCGUUCUGUGGGAAUGAUAGAUCAGGUAUCGGCUCGAAAAUUUUUAGAAGCAGCAAAAGUUUCCAAUGAUGCCACCCUUUUUCAUUCGGUCUUCAAAUUUUUUGAACAGCGUAAUUUAAGGUUACGUAAUACAACAGCUUUCACAAGAGGAGAACAUUGUCAACCAUAUGUACAACAUUUUAAAUAUUUGUUUCAAGGGACGGAUAAUGGAUGUAAUUCCGAUACAAACUCUAAUGUUACUACAAUUUCAUCGUAAGACUGUCACUGUGAUCUCUAUGUAAUCAGAAUAUAAAUUUGUUUAUUUAAUUAUGAAAUUUUAGAAGAUGUAUAAGAAUGCCAAUAAAAAAUAAUUUUUAUGGAUUGUUUUUAAAGCGAUACAUAGAUAAUCAAUGAAGUGAAAAAGUAUGGCUACAAUAAUCCAUUUAAAAUGACUUUAUUGAUA